AUCUCUAUGCGCCGGUGGGAGGGCGACUCCUGGGCAGUGUGAGGGGCGCGUGUGGCGGUAGGACGGUGGCCGCGCGGGGCAUGGUGGUGCACAUCAUGUCCAAACUGAGGGUGUCCCGUGUGGGGCUUGGGAUGCUGCUGGGUGCGGCUGCAGGGAUCGGGGUCUUGUAUGUGUUCUACAAACAGAGGCGGAAAAGGCCCUGGUUGGGACGCAGCUCCAGGCACUCUGGGGUUCAGUACAUGCAGAACUCUGUGGGGCCCCAUGAAAAUGCAGAGACUCGAGGGAACCAUAACCAGGUUCUGCUUAUAAGACAAGCACCAAUGGAGGCUGGUGAUGGCACUGCAUACACAACUCUUUUAACACAAGAAGAGCAGGUGGAAGUGCUGAACCGUCUGGACUUUGUGCUGAAAAACAUAACAGAGCUACGAAAAGAAGUGGAGGAGCUGAAGAACAGCCUGCAGAGUUUAGCUGGCGAGAUCAUUGAAGAAGUCAAGUCCCACCUGGAAGAAACCCAGAAGGUAACUCGGCGGAGGCGGUACCCAUUUCCUAGAGAAAGGAGUGAUUCCACAGGGUCUAGCUCUAUUUAUUUCACAGCCAGCUCAAGAGGAGCCAAUACAGAUGAUGGUGAAAGUGAAGGAGGGUACACAACAGCCAAUGCAGAGUCUGACUAUGACCAGGAGUCAGGGAGAGAGAGUGAGGAAGGGGAAGAUGAAGUGAGCUGUGAGACAGUGAAGACUGCACGGAGGGAUUCACUGGACCUAGUCAAUGAGGAUGAAACUGUUUUGGUCUUUGACUCUACAGUGGAGGAGGAAUUUGAUCAGCUGCUGCAGCAGGCUGACCAGCUGCAUAGUGGGAAUAACCAGGAGAAGAGGGAUGGAUUCCAGCUGCUGCUUAACAAUAAACUGGUGUAUGGAGACCGGCAAGAUUUCCUUUGGCGCCUGGCUCGAGCAUACAGUGAUCUGUAUGAAAUCACAGAGGAUGCAGAUGAAAAGAAAUCAUAUGCUUCUGAUGGGAAAGAAGAGGCAGAGGCAGCUCUACAGAAAGGGGAUCAAAGUGCUGAGGGUCACCAGUGGUAUGCUAUUCUUUGUGGCCAGUUCUCGGAACAUGAAAGUAUUCAGAAGCGUAUUCAAGCUGCGUAUGUUUUUAAGGAACAUGUUGAUAAAGCAAUUGCCCUGAAACCAGAUGACCCCAAGUCUUACUAUCUUCUGGGCAGGUGGUGUUACCAGAUCGCUCAUCUGGGAUGGCUUGAAAGAAAGACUGCUUCUGCCUUGUAUGAAGCACCCCCUACAGCCACUGUCCAUGAUGCACUGCAGAACCUUUUAAAGGCUGAAGAGCUGAGCCCAGGAUUUUCCAAAGCAGGAAGGGUUUAUAUUUCUAAGUGCUACAGAGACCUGGGGAAUAGCUCUGCAGCUGUUCACUGGAUGCAUCUGGCUUCCGAGCUGCCAGUUAUCACAAAUGAGGAUGAAAAAAUCAAGAGGGAGAUGGAGGAGAUGCAAGGAAUCUCAGAAGAAUAAGUAUUUUUUUAAGAGCCCAGUCCUCUGAUAACUGUGGUCUGAACAGAACAAAUUCCAGACUAAAAGAUUUCACAAUCCGGACAACCUUGGAUUGGGCUUCUUGAGCAAACCACAGAUCUUACAAAGAACAAACCAAACUGCAGUUUCAACAGCACUUCCCUGAGGAGUUAAAUCUUGGCAGAGACUCACAGGAUUAAACUCUAAUUCUGUUCAUCUGCCUGCCUGUUGCACCAGAUAUAGUCUAAUGAAUCAAGCACUUGACCUGUUCAGUGCAGCAGCCAUCAACUUGAUUUGAUUUUAGUUUUCCUCUAUGCCUUUGAUUUUCAUUCAUCCACCUACACUUCCCAAGAAGUAUUUAUUGCUCAACUUCUACCGGGAAAGGACAUAAACAUGUGAAGUUCAAGAUGUGAUGGGAUCCUGUGCUCUAUUUAAUAAAAUGUCACAGGCAUGGUUCUAGUGUGUCAUGAAGGCAGGGAAUCAACAGCCACCCUUAGCUAUGCCUAUAUUUCUUUAUAGUUAGUGACAACCAUUGCUAAUAGGCAGAGCAGAGAGUGUCAGUCUUUCCUUAUGCUGAGCUCUUUGAUUGCUCAUGGCUUUUUCAGCAAAGGUUUCUUUAGUUGAGAAUUCAGAGUGGGCAUGGCAACCCACUUUCACUUUUACUACUUAAACAAUAUUAACAGUCUGAGGUCACACAUUGGACAUUGGCAUAGCUGAUAAAAUACAGGCCUGACAUUUGCACAGAGGCUUCAACAAGGUACAGGGUAAAGCCAUUGUGCUUGUUUUAUUUUCCAUUGGUUCUAGUUGCCUGCUGUACUGAAGACAGUGAGGCAUUCUUAUUUUCCAUUAAACCUAUGGCUUGAAGUGGGGAGUGACAUUAGAUCAUAAGGAAGGGCAGUUACAAAGAAACCAUAAUACCAAAGGCAAGAGUUCUGCUCAGACCCUCCUCACCUCCCUCUGAAAACAUCAGCGAUGCCCAGAGCCCACUCCUGUUGUCUCUCUGCAAGUUCAUCUGGCUAGUUGCUGGUUUUAUCUUGAUGACUAAAGCCACUAAUACUCAUCAGCAUACAUGUAGGAGAUUAACAUCAUGGGACCAAUGCAUCUGCUUUCAGAGAUGUUCUUCAGAAAUAAGAAUUUAUGUUAAAGAAAUGUAUCACUGCCGUAAGAGACCAAGUGGUAAAAUCUUAAACUUGGAACACAAACUGGAUUUUCUUCACUCACCAAAAAUGCUAAUCUUUUAAUCCAAGUGGAUGCUUUCAGAUUCCUUAAUUAUGAAAGUUCAAUGUUUUUUCUGCACUCAUCUAAACCUUGCCUACCUGAUGUAAAGUUUAGGAGUUGCAGAGGCUGUUCAUUAUCUUUAUGAAGCACUUGCUGCAGAAAGAGAGGAACCACGUGGCAAAAUUGACAGUUUGGCACAAAUGCUUUCCACCUCAUUCUGCUAGAUAACAAAUUCAAAGUAUAAUCAAAAUGACACUUUGGGCUGGGGGGCAGUGUCAAGCUAACCACUAAUAUUUUUUCCAGUCAGUUCCAAAUAACAGAAAGUUGGGAGUUUUUUGUUUGUUUUUUUUUUCUCCUCUAACACUUUUUUUCCAGAAGACAACACAACUCACCUUGUUCUAUGCACAGCAAUUUCUCCCAGGAAUCUAACUGGGCUUCCUCAUACCUUUUAAAAAAAUUUCUAUUUUAGCUGGCAGCUAUCUAUGUGUGGGCAUUAAACACUUUAUUACGUGUUAUAUAAUAUCAUGUCUGAUUUGCUGUAGAGUGGGAUUACAAAACCAAACAUUUAAGCUAAUUACACACCAUCUAAUAGAAAAUGAGGUCUGAUUGCCUUUCUUAACCACUUAUACAUACGUAUUAGGGGGACAUUUCUCAGGGAGGGUGGACCUUGGCUGAGUUUUCCCUGGUCCUGAUAGGAAUCAGAGCCUGACAAUUCACCAUCCUCUGUGGAGGAGGAAUCGGAAGACUUCUAGAUCUUUUAAGCUUUUUCUUCUCCUUUUUAGCAUUUGCUUUUUUAUUUGCUUAGAGUAUGUACCAGCUCCAUCACAGCUUUAGUGAGGCAUUUUGCAGCUAGCUUUCCCAAGGGCCUGAAGUCCCCUCUCCAGAUUUUUGAUUCCUCGCCUGCUGGGUUGCAUUCCCUCAGGGAGGGGAAAUGCUUCCAGAGUCCUGACCAAAUUGGGAAGCAGGUGGCAGUUUGAGCCCUGCUGCUUUUUCCAGGCUACUCAGGACCCAUUUUAAGAUUGGGGGGUAGGGGGAAUUUUGAUCUUGUAAGUCUCUCACUUCCCUGUUCUCCAGGCGUCCCGUGGGCCUUACCCCUAAGUCAGGUGAUUGCGGUCCUCUUCAUCCUGCCCAAAGACACCUGGUCCAUUGUUCCCAUGUUUGUUGCAGCUGCUGUGGUGGGUAGGCUCCUCAUGCCUGAUUGACUCAGGGCAACUCCUGAGGGGGACUGUCCCAGAUCACAGCUGGAGCACUGUUUGGAUAUCAUAUUGUGCCUUUUUUUAGGCUGCUUUCUCAUUCCUAAAAGGUGCUGAGGAGCUAGCAGGGAGGCACUGCAGUGGAGGUUCUGGGUGGGUUCUAAUAUCGGUGUAAAAACUGGCCCAGGGAGAGGACGGGGAUUGGGAGGGAGAACACUACUCACUGCUGCUGUCAAAAAUUAGUUUAACAAAAAACAAACAAAAAGCCCUAGGCAGAUAAAAGGCAGGAGCACUGAAGCUGCUGUCCACACGCUGCCAUGAAGGCAGAGUCUGGGCAGAAGUGUAAGUCUUCAGCAAAUCUCCAAAAGUUAAAUGUUAUGACAAAUUCUAGAAGAGAAGACUUUAGAAUUAUUUAGGUUUUGAAGGCAUGGACCCACCAAGAGAAUAUUUUAGUUCAGAUGAUGUCUACUUGUUUCUAAAUAGACAUGAGAAUACAAUUAAAAUUGGAAACUGCCAAUUGAGCUGGUGAAGUGAGAUUAAUGAGCACCUAAUUAACUGCCCCUUUCUCCAUUCUACUCUGAGCAUCCAUUCUGGAUGGAUGGUAUUUGAAUGUAUGUGCAAUUGGGCCCCAGUCAUGCUUCCGCUCAAAACUGAUAGCAAAACUCCUAUUAAAUAGGAGUAGGAUUGGGUGACAAAUCUGAGGAAUUGUCACAGAUUGAAGUGUCA